AUGCCUUCUAGCGAGUGGGACUGGGGAUUUGCUUCUGCCCAUUCAAAUCACUUGCUUGAAUGGCUCUUGACAGAUGCACGUCUCCGUAACGGAACGACGAGGUUACUGGAGCUAUCGAACGAGAGCGUGGCUAUGGUGUCAAUGAGACUGAACCUGAAGAGGCAAAGCUUCUACUACGUGUUCAAUCUGGUCUUCCCCACCACACUGGUAUCGCUUGUUGCCGUCAUCGGCUUCCACGCCCCAAUAAAUGCAACGGGACGACGAGAAAGCAAAUUUCGCCUCGGAAUAAUGACGUUGCUGUCGAUGUCAGUUAUGCUUCUGAUGUUGGUGGGUGAGAUGAAAUUCGCCAUGGAGAGCGUGCCGGGUCAGCGAGGAUCGUUUAGCGACGUUCCUUUACUGGGAAUUUACUAUAUGAGUCUGAUUUUUAUUAUCAGUAUUGCUACCUGUACCUCCAGUGUAUUCGUUCAUCUGGAAAAAUACGCGCUUCGGAAUCCUACGUGGCAGGUCAGUUACUGUCUAGCCUAG